AUGGGAGGGAAAGUGAGCUCCCCUGUGCCCAGUGCACAUUACCCCAGUACAUCGAGGCCAUUUUCGGGCAAUUCUGGAAACAAGAUAUAUCCAGUCCCAAGCCAAGGUCAAGAUCCGUGCUCGUACACAGCAGGGCGCUUCCUCCACCAGGAUGAGCUCCAACGCAACGCACGACAUGUCCAGUUCAGUUUCUCUACACUAUGUGAGGUUGCAAUUGGCCUGUGCCAGGGCGCAUCUCGUGUCACAAGCUAUGAAAAGAAGGAAGGUGGCUAUAACAGAGUUUUCGUCCUCGCGUGUGACAACGGCGAGCGCCUUGUGGCAAGGAUACCUACGCGAGUUGCUGGUGCGCCACGGCUGACGACGAAUUCAGAGGUUGCCACAAUCGCAUAUUUACAGUCGAAGACCUCACUCCCCCUUCCCAAAGUCUUGGCCUGGAACGAUGACCCUAGCAACCCCGUUGGUGCAGAGUACAUCAUCCAAGCACAUGUGGACGGCGUCCUGUUACAUGAGCAAUGGCCUCAGAUGGACGGGCUUCAACAUAUGCAAUGCACCAAGCACCUGUCGCUGAAGAUUCCGGAGAUGACAUCGCUCAACUUCCCAGCUUAUGGGAACAUUUACUUCUCCGACGCACCGAUCGAAGCAGCUCUCAAAGUUCCACUGCAAGAUGAUGACCGAUUCUGCAUCGGACCAUAUUGUAGCCCGUUAUUUUGGCACCGCGGGGCCGGGGAGCCUGAGCUCUAUGGAGAGCCGAGUGAAAAUCGUGGUCCAUGGAAAACGCUUGAUGACUAUGUAUCUGGGCUAAUAGACACCGCGCUCUCCCGUAUACCCAAGCAACCGGACAAUCACCUCCCAUAUCGCGGUUCUGUGGAAGAGCAUAUUCGCCUUGUAAACAUCUGUCGAGAAACUAUGCAUAAACUAGUGCAGAGCUCUCGCAUCCAAGAGGCUGGUACGCCGACAUUAAUACAUGCAGACUAUAACAAACGCAACAUCUUCGUCUCCGCCGACGAUCCGACUGUGAUCACUAUGAUAAUCGACUGGCAACUAACCUGCGUCGAGCCCGCAUUCAUAUACGCACACAUGACUCCAGACUUCGCAGCUCUCCCAGACACCGACCCCAGCGAAGAUAAUAAUGAACCAAAAUCCAAAGAGGAGGAGAAACUGCUCUCAGACCUCUCCAUCUGCAACCAAACCUACAAUGUGAUCAUGACAUACAAGAACCGCAAGAUCAAACCGGGAAGACUGCUUGAUCCCACCUUUUUCCGUCUCUUCCACUACUGUUUUAUGACCUGGCGCGAUGGCAUCCCCGCGAUCCGCCAAGAACUGAUUGAUCUCAGCGCCCUCUGGGACAAGCCAGAACUAGGCUUACCGGCUCCGUACCCAUACGCUCCAAGUGAGGGCGAACUUGCAGAACACAGGAAGCAGUAUGAGGAUUUUGAAGCAACGCAGAAACUCAAGACAUGGUUGAAAAUAUCACUGCAGACGACAUCCGACGGAUGGAUGCCCAAUGAGCUCUGGGAAGACGCAAGAGAGGCGAAUAGGAUGGCGUAUGAGCAGUGGAUGGAAACGGCAAGAGAGUCCGAAGCUCGGGGCGAUGAUAGUAUGACAGUCGAGAAGGCGGAGAAGCUGUGGCCGUUUGAUGCGAGAUAGACCGGGGGGAAAGCACCUAGUGAUUUUUGAUAUUGACAUUUUUUUUCUUUGCCUACCUAUGGAUGUUUUUGAGUCAAAUACCCAUCUCAAAAUAUUGUAAAGAAAAGUUGGCACUUGUUUCUAGGUUCCCACAUAGAACGCUGGCGUCGUUGCGGCAAAGGUACUCAAUUCUCAACAAUCGGGAGCCCGCAGGGGAGUUUCCCACUGAGGAGGUAGACGAGGUGAAACGUCAGCGCCUGGAGCAACGCGGAGGAGAUGGAAGGAAGUAGACAGGGAGGCCAAAGAAGUCCUGAAUGUAGAUUUAUCUUUGUCUAGCUAAUCCUGUGUUCGCAAGCCUCUAUAUUCAUUGGCCUUUCCCUCUAAAUUGGGUUUACCCCUCCUAUUAGGUGAAUUGCCAUGGCGCUGAGGCAUAUCUGGAUGAAUUCGCAGAUUAAGUCAUAGUUGCAGUGUCGAAGGGAGCGAGCAUAGUCG